AUGGAGGAAACUGUGGGUAUCGGCACGACGGAAGAGAUCGAGCGCGACCACCAACGGCGCGGUCUGGGAGGUCAGACGGAGGGCGGGGAUGGGGCGUGGGUCGGUGGAGAUACCGAAACCGCUCAUGCUAUGGCGAUGAUGGACAUGAUGCUCUGGAAGAAGAUUGUGGAGCUGGUGAAGAGAGAUGCAGUGCAUUUGUGA